GAAAACCCCCAAAAGCUGUUUCUCUCACUCACUUUGAUGGAUAUCAAUCCAGCAUUAAAGCUCCAAACCCACACUUGGAAUCUUGAAAUCCCCAUGGAUGACCAUAUCCUCCAUGACCAACUCCCUUUGAACCCUAUUUGGCCGAGCUUCCCUCUUCAAACCCCUUUCUCCACCUCAACUACUCCCACCCACCUACCUAGUGCAACACCUGUUUACUCGACUCAUCACAAUGACCAACUAGGUCACCUUGUUGAAGAGGGGGAAGAACCAGAAGAAGAGUUAAGCGCCAUGAAAGAGAUGUUGUACAAGAUCGCCGCGAUGCAGCCCGUGGACAUCGACCCUUCCACCAUCCGGAAGCCCAAGAGACGCAACGUGCGGAUCAGCGACGAUCCCCAGAGCGUGGCGGCUCGUCACAGGCGCGAGAGGAUAAGCGAAAAGAUCAGAAUUCUUAAAAGACUUGUCCCGGGAGGCACUAAGAUGGACACUGCAUCAAUGCUGGACGAAGCUAUCCGAUAUGUCAAGUUCUUGAAGCGGCAGAUUCUGGAGUUGCAACGAUCCAAUGAUAACCAGCAGCCGCCACCACCACCACCACCAUACCCUGUGGAGUGGCAAGUUGCACCAAAUAAACCUCUGGGUUCCACCUCGGAGACACAACCAGGGCAUGGAUUCACUUUUGGUGGCAACGGGGGAAACCCCUUGUGCUUUAAUCAUGAGGUAAAUUUAGUGAUUAAUGGCUUAGCUAUAUUCCUGACUUAAUCAACAUGUAAUUUCUGUAUUAAUGAUAAUAUUAUUAGUGAAGACUAUUAAAGAGGGUGUGUAUAUAUAUAUUAAGAUUAUAGAACCUGAAGCUUAACCUAGUUAGGUUAGGU